CUGGGUGAUGCUGCAUCGAAGGUGGCUGCCUCUACACGAUACCAUUUCGUCGAAAUUUCAUCUGACGGCUUGAGGGCUCGCUUCAUACCACGACCGCUUUUGUUGCAAGCGAUGGAGUACAGCACGGCUGACUCAGUCUCCUGCCUUCUGGAAAACGGUGCCAGGCUAGACGAACUGUAUUCCGGUGAGUUUCAUAUCUUUCAGUCGUCGACUGACAGUUUCAGUAUUCCGAUUGGAAAGCUAUUUUUAUCCAGGAUGGACUGGAGUAAAGUUUCGAAUUGA